AUGGCGUGGGCACACAAAGCGCAUGUGUGUAGAUCUACUAGAUGUAGAGUACCCAUAUUAGCUGUGACCAGUUAAUAAUAUCAAUCAUGAGGGCUUUUGUCAUUAUUCUAGGUAUCUCCUGCCUUUACUUCUUGAGUGGGGAGGCUGAACAGCUGAAGAUAGGUGCUUUCAAUGUCCAGAUAUUUGGCAAAACUAAGUUCAACAAAGCUGAUGUCGUGGAUACACUAUCUAAGAUUGUGUCCAGGUAUGAUGUGAUUCUUAUUCAAGAAAUACGAGAUGCCUCGAUGACUGUUAUCUACAAAUUCUUGGAUAAAGUCAACAAUUUUACAGAGCCGUAUUUUAUCUAUGAUAUGAAAAUAAGUGAACGUCUGGGAAGGACCAGGAGCAAGGAGCAAUAUGCUUUCUUAUACAGGGAAGAUAAAAUCCGCGUGGAGGCUGUGUAUCAAUAUGAAGACCCUUUGGACUUGUUUGAAAGAGAGCCAUAUUCUGUUCUCUUGACUGCAAAAGAUAUCUCACCAUUCUUCCUCGUGGCCAUCCGCACCAAACCUACUGCUGCUUUCGAGGAGCUGAACGCUUUAGAUGAUGUUUAUGAUGAGCUUGUUUCUGUCUUCAAUAUCACAAAUGGUAUCAUUCUGGGAGAUAUGAGUGCAGAUUGUAGGUAUCUUUCAAAGACCAAAUAUGAGCAGCUUGAUCUCGUCAAGGACACAAGGUUCACCUGGCUCAUCAAUUCCACUGAGGACACUACUACAACCACUUCAGAUUGCAGCUAUGACAGGAUUAUUAUGGCAGGAGAUCUUCUAAAUGUUGUUACCAAGAAUGGAGUUUUUAAAUUUGAUGAAGAAUACGGUCUAGAAUUGCCAGAAGCCAAGGACGUCAGUGACCAUUAUCCUGUAGAGGUUUCCAUUAAAGUCAACCACCCACUAAAAGUAUGUGCUUUCAAUGUGCAAGUUUUCGGAAAAACCAAGUUCAGUAACUCUGAUGUGGUGAACAUACUGAUCAAGAUUGUUCAUCAAUGUGAUGUUAUUCUUAUCCAAGAGAUACGGGAUGUAUCAGAAACGAUAAUACACUCUUUCCUAGAACUGAUAAACAGGAAUAUUGAGUCCAAUUGCUGUAGUAACUAUUCCAUGCAUGUGAGUCAACGCCUUGGAAGAACAAGCAGCAAAGAACAGUAUGCAUUCCUUUACAGGACGGACAAAGUAAAUGUACUUGAAGAACAUCAAUUUAGUGAUCCCUUUGACAAGUUUGAAAGAGAACCAUAUUCAAUUCUAAUCUCCACACCCCAAAAUGAUAUCCCACCAUUCUUCCUCGUGGCCAUCCACAUCAAACCUACUGCUGCUUUCGAGGAGCUGAACGCUUUAGAUGAUGUUUAUGAUGAGCUUGUUUCUGUCUUCAAUAUCACAAAUGGUAUCAUUCUGGGAGAUAUGAAUGCAGAUUGUAGGUACCUUUCACAGAAAAAAUACCAACAGCUUGAUCUCGUCAAGGACACAAGGUUCACCUGGCUCAUCAAUUCCACUGAGGACACUACUACAACCACUUCAGAUUGCAGCUAUGACAGGAUUGUUAUUGCUGGAGACGUGAAAUGCUAUAUUGUCAAGAACAGUGCUGGUGUGGUCAAAUUUGAUAUGGAUUACGAAUUAACAUCAGAGGAAGCACAGAGUGUUAGUGAUCAUUACCCUGUUCAGUUUCAAUUGCAGGGUAAAUGAAGUGAAUUAAUAUGAGGUAUAUACAUAUAACUUUAUAAGACGAGUAUAGCUAUUAUAUACACAGCAUGCAGAGUGGCAUGAUCCGCAUAGAAUUAAUUUAGUACUCAUGUCACACUGAUAGUUAAUUUCUAUAGCUAAUCUGUUUCCUUGUACAUGCUGAAUCAUUUAUAGAUGACAUUUCUUGAUGAGCAAAUUCCUCCAAGUUAA